GUCUAUCCUAGCUAGUAGCUAAUAACUGUUAGCUCCUUUCUGAAGUCAGACACACGCCAGGUUUGUCUCCUACCAAGCAACAUUGGAGAAUAUGGUUUUGAAUCUCUGUCUGCCGCCCUUUAAUACAACAGUUCAAUGCAACAAGCUGUGUGCAGAUGGCUAUGAUGUCACAAACCUUGUGUCAGAUGACCCUGCUCUCAGGAGGCGUGGCUUCAAGUUGGAGUACUUCCUCCGGCCACCUGUACAGGUGACGUUGACGUUUGGCUUCCAGGUGGAGCUGUGCAGGGUGGAUGUGGAGCUUUGGACCUGGGGUAUGGACCGAGGACAGGCUUGCAAGAGACUCGAGAUCAGCACCGCCUCUGAUACGUUACCCACGCAGAACUUUGACCAAGGCCACAAACGUGUUCAGCAAAAGAAACAAGUGCCGGUAACGGACCAGAAACAGAAGAGAGAGAAACAACAAGAGCAUGCAGGUAAACAUGACCACAGCACCGUCAACCAGUGGAGACUUCAGGCUCAACAGUGGGGGGAGGAGGCCUCGGACGAGGCCCUGGAGCCUCAACAAAGACGCCGCGCGUUCCCAUCAAACGCUGAACCCAGUAAUCCUGAACUGGACUUUAAACUGGUGGGCCGUUGUGAACUCAGGGAUCAAACCCAAGUUUGUUUCUCACGCUCAAAUUUCAGGCCCCGGCCCCCGUUCCUCUCCCCUCUGCCGCCGCAACCGCCAAACUGUCGGCAGGAGGAUCUGUGGAGUCGGGGUUUGCUCUCGUUGGGCGCAGUGACGCAGCUCCGCGUGACUCUGCCGUUCGGCGGCGCGGCGUCUGCUCUCGGGCUCAAGGCGUUGGCCGUGUGGGGACAACCUGCUCGCUGCUGCCCUGCAGAAGAGGUGGAGAGGAUUAAAAGAAUCCACGAAGCCGGCGAAAGGCGGCCGCCGAGACCGGUGAUUUUUGCCCCUUCUGUCGGCAGGAUUCAACCACCUGCAUCCCCAGGCAAUCUCUCCAUCCCAGAAGAGUUCCUCGACCAGAUAACCCAGGAGGUCAUGCUGCUUCCCAUGCUGCUGCCCAGCGGCGUGUCAGUGGACAGCAGCACACUGGAAGAGCACCAGAAGAGAGAAGCCACCUGGGGGCGACCCCCGAACGAUCCCUUCACCGGGGUCCCGUUCACGUCCACCUCCCAGCCUCUUCCCAACCCCCAACUGAAAAGCCGCAUUGACCACUUCGUACUGCAGGAAGGGAUGUUGGGGAGGGACGGGAUGUUGGGGAGACGAGCGGAGGGAGAGAAUCCACAGGCCUCAAGACUUCUAGCCUCCCAGGUGGCUGGACAGUCCCAUUACUCUCCCAGUUUCAGUGAGAGCUCAAUAAACAACACUGCUGUUCAACAUAAUGCUGGUACCAGAAACACAAACGGGACAUUGUCAUCAAAUAAUGGGAAUUGCACAUUUAACUCCCAGCCUCCCACUAUCGAUGGUAAAUCAGAGUUGGGGAGAAAAAAGAAACGAGAGCUCAGUGGAGCUUUCAACGACUCAUCAGAGGAUUUGACAGCCGAGAAGCAACUGCCACCUCAAACAAAAAGACCACGGAAUGAUGCCGCGUCAGUCCCCAGCUGCAGCUCUCACGAGCAGCGUCUGUCGGCCAGUCUGGACGAGGCCCUCCUCUCCGCCCUGCAGGGCCGCCCCUCCUUCACCUCAAACCUGCCUCAGCGGAGACGGGUCGGUCCGGACUCUGAGCCCCUGAACGCCCCACAGCAAUGUCAGACUGCCAGCGCUCCACGCACGCAACCAGGCGAGAAGGCGUGCUCGGCGUGUUCCUGCUCGGUGUCCGUCUACUCCAAAUCGGCGCCAUCCAUCUACCGCCUGGCCUGCGGCCACUUGCUCUGCCAUUCCUGCGCACGGAGGGAAUCGCAACCACUGAACUCUGUCACUACGCCGACACCCGACCACAUCUUGUGUCCGGCCUGCCGAAGCCCGACCCCGCGCAGCGAUGUCAUACGUGUGCAUCACUGACGGAUGUCGUCGGAAAGGCCAACUCGCGCCUUUUUGGAAUUCCUAUGAAGAAAUGAGGAGCAUUGUAUACAAGAAUAUUGCAUAGGAGAAUGAAGAAAGAAAAAUAGUCUGUCUUUUCAACGAGCGCCGAAGUGUGGCUGCAGCCUUGGUUCCGCAGCCAGAGACCACGGAUGAGUCCGUUUUGAGGAGGCACAAAGAAAAAGAUUGGGCGACAGAUGUAGCUAGAGGCCAGAAGAAUGGAAGUGGAUUUCAAGUGGGUCCAAGGCUGCUCGGUCAUUGUGAAGAAACGCGCCGGAUCACGCUCGGCCGCUGCAUAACGUUCCCUAUUAUCCUGCAUAUAGGUUGUUUCUCCUCAGAGUAAAUGCAGGAAUAAAAUGUAAACAAAGAAUAAUUGAGACUGAUUACAAAGUGUUUUCUCAGGUAGGAUCAGAAAGCUGGAUUUCUUUAAAGCAACUCUGGUUUCACUUCGUGACUGCUGUGGUGCCGUGUUGGGAAAUAAAUGUGUGCACAAUGUCCAAGUC